AUGGGCAAGAGAUCGCGAUGCUUGGAGGACCUGUUCGCGCAAACCUGCGAGGCGUGCUACGGUUACUUCGACACUACGCAAGGCCUAAUGGCUCACCAGUCGACCAGCCGCCAGUGCGCAUGGUACAAGAAGGGGAAACUACGUGAAAUCUUCGUUGAUUCGGAGGACUCUGGAAGUGAGGAUGAGGAGGGCGUUGGCCGUAGGGCAAAGCGCGGUGCAACGGUGAAGCCGAAGGCGGGUGCUAAUCGGAGGCGAGUACAUAUUAAAAAUUACCUUCCAGAACUACGUCCUCGAUCGCCUGCUCCGGAAGCUAGCACAUCAAGUGGGGUUGUUCAGGACGGCGGGAAACCGGAUGGUGACGGUGAAGGUGAAGGUCUGGAUGAACGCGAUAACGAUCUCACUGGACCGUCAUUCGUUCAAUCAGACGCAGCGUUUGAGCCGGAAGAACGGAGCGAACAUGAGGAUGAGGAUGAGGAUGAAGCGCAAGACCUCAUAUUCGUCCCUACAGCCGGCCCGAGUCGCGCAGCACCCACUGGGGAGUCCUCUUCCGCACCCGCGCGACACACGGCCAUCGCACUGGACGAUGACAAUGACGCAAGUAGUCUUAGUCAGCAAGUCAACUCGCAGCUAGGCACCGAAAUCAGUUUGGCUCAUGGCUCUGAGCCAGCUCUGAGCUGCUCACGUCGAGGUGUUCGCCACACCGAUACUCCUGUAAUGCACUCGCCGCCAGGAGAACAACACAUCUAUAGUGUGCCCAUUGCCUGCAUCUGCAAACCACGCCCGCCGGCCCACUUUCUGCUUACCGCGCCCGCCGGCCCACCUGCUUCCUGCGUACUGCACACGAUACCGCACUCGCCCCCUGCAUACCGCACUGGCGCCCAAUUUGGGCCUCCUUCUUCCUCGCACGCUCGCCCUUGCCCUCUCUCUGUUGUCACUCUCACCCUCACGUUCGUCAAUCUCGAUCGUCCGUCGUCCCUCUCGUCCCUCUCAUCCCCCUCGUCCGGCUCGCCCGCGCAGACUGUGGGGCGGGUACAGUGCGUCUCGCAUGUCGUCACGAUCAUCGGGCCAGCCUCGACGAACGGUGGGCCGCCCGAUUCCAUGCACGCGCUGGCACACGACGAGCGGCUGGCAGGGAUUGGCGGCAGGGAUUGGCGGCAGCGAGCGGACAGUGGGCACGAGGCACGGAGCACGAAAGGUGCAACCUCGGCGACCGCAAGCACGCAGGGCAAAGACCCGGCCACGGAAGCACGACCUACCGAACGGACCAUCCAUGUACGAGGGCAAGUAGACAGCGGGCGCGGCGGUGCCAGGCGCACAGCACUGUAUCUAAAAUUAAAUCAAAAUGCGACUCAAAUGAAGCAGUCCCGAAAUCCUGACCAAGACGGUGGCGACGCACGGGCGAGUGAAAAGACGCGAGGGCGAGCGAAAAGACCGGGCGAGAACGUGAGCGUUACGAUGCAAGCAUCGCGCAGUGCUACCGUAAACACGACGGCGAAGGGUAUAGCGCGUGAUGAUACAACAUUGGCAUACUAA